UUUUGAACAGCAAUUUAUUGAAAUGCCCACCGCUCUCUGUCAAGCGCCUAACUGCGAAAACUCUGCUAAGCUUGAGUGUCCAACAUGUGUAAAGCAAACAAUUUCUGGUUCAACGUUCUGCUCACAAGAUUGCUUUAAGAAGAGUUGGGGUGCCCACAAAGCGCUUCAUAAGCGACCAGAAGGCGCCACAUACGAUCCCUUCCCCAACUUCAAAUACACUGGCCCUUUGCGUCCGGUGUAUCCUCUGACACCUACCAGAUCAGUACCUGAACAUAUUCCCAGACCCGAUCAUGCUAAAGAUGGUACUCCCAUUGCAGAACUCGCAGAGCGUGGCGAGACCAACAUCAGAGUUUUGAAUGCAGAGGAAAUUGAAGCAAUGAGAAAAGUUUGCAAGAUCACCAAAGAAGUCUUGGAAAUCGGUGCCGCAGCAAUCCGACCGGGCGUAACCACAGAAGAAAUAGAUGCUAUCGUUCACCAAGCAACCAUUGAGAGAAAUGCUUACCCUAGUCCUUUGAAUUAUUGGAAUUAUCCCAAAGCUUGCUGUACUUCCGUUAACGAAGUUAUUUGCCAUGGAAUUCCCGAUCAGCGACCUUUGCAGGAGGGUGACAUUAUAAAUCUUGAUGUCUCUUGUUAUUUUGAAGGUUUUCACGGAGAUACGAAUGCGACAUACUGUGUUGGAACGGUUGAUGAAGCUGGCAAAAAGCUGAUAGACGCUGCUAGAGAGUGCCUUGAAGUAGCAAUCGCAGAAGCCAAACCUGGUGUUCCUUAUCGAAGAUUUGGGCGACUGAUCGAAGAGCAUGCCACAAAAAUGGGCUUUUCCACAGUGCGCGCUUUCUGUGGACAUGGCAUUCAUGAACUAUUCCAUUGUGCUCCUACUGUCCCAUUUUAUGCCAACAAUAAGGCUAUUGGUGUUUUGAAGCCCGGCCAUUGUUUCACCAUUGAGCCCAUGAUUUGCGAGGGCACACACAAAGAAGUUCUGUGGCCUGAUCAAUGGACAGCAACAACAACCGACGGGAAGCGAUCGGCUCAGUUUGAGCACACACUGCUCGUUACUGAGACUGGAAUUGAGAUUUUGACAUAAUCCUAACAAAUUGCGUAUUGGGUUUCUCUACCCAAUAUUUUUAUAUAAAGUAAUCCAUCGCAUCAUCUGCUUUUAUUCAAUCUAUAAUGUUCUUCACAAUGGAAUUAUUUAGCUUAUGCAAAACAUCGACACUGAUAGAAUCUUUCAAACGGCAAGUUUGAAUGGUCGCAAAUGCUGCGAAGCGUC